CAUUGGCCAGUCAUCAACUCACCUCCUCGCUUAUUGUUUUGCUAGGGAGAAACGUACUUGAAUUCCGGAGGGUUUCCCGUAUAUGGGCACCGCUAAAGGCCAUGCGACGGCUCUGCACGAUUUAACCUUACCGUACAGCUGCUUCCUUCCUUUUGUUUGCCCAAGCGGACCCAGUGCCAAUUGUCCAUCUCUGUUUCUGGCUGUGGACAUGGACGACUUAAAGUGAGAUGAGCAAUUAUGACUUGGCUCGGUAUACUCUUCCUUGGUAUCCUACUCCAUACUUUUUCUACUGAGGAGACGACGAUUCGAGACUUGACUCCGCCACACGACCCUGCCACCCGACAGCAUAUCUCAAGUUUUCUCCCGUGUUUAGUUGCUUGAGGCAAAGCUAGAGACGGGAUCUACUAUACGAGUCAUAACAACGACGAAGCGUAACUCCGAGCCCAUUGUCUGCCAUGUCUGUCGCAUACACAUCCACGAGCUUCGGCACAUCCGCAACAACAUCUACUCCCUCAGGCCCCGCGCGUCACCAGCGCCAUUCUUCUAGCUCUUCUCGAUCUUCUACUACGUUGGCUGGUCCAGCUGGUCAACUUCCGUUCCCCGCAACUGCCGCUCGUUCGCCCAGACGAAACUCGGAAGCAGAACGCAUGAUGCGUGCACAAUAUGACGCAAUUGGCGCGUUUUUCGGUGGUGGACGUCCUACUGCGGAACGUAACGAACCACGCGAGCAACCUCAGACUGCAAGUGCACGACCCACCCCGCCUGAAUAUGAUACACGUAGCGAGGCCGAUUCAUUACCAACGUACGUUAAAAUUGAGGAGUACGACGCUGCGUUUAAUCGCAAGCUCUUCAUCUAUGGUUUCCUCUUCUUCCCACUUUGGAUAGUCGGGAUUAUCGCACCAUUCGUAAAGCCAUUGCACGAUCCAACACGCGAUAACCGAUCGAAGGAAGACCAAGAGGUGGACUAUGCGAGUAUGCGAACCGUCGAGAUGCGCUGGGCCAAGCGUUGCGCUGCAGCACUUCUAGGCUUCAUCAUCCUUGUUAUUGUUGCAGUCGUUGUUGGCGUCACUGUUGCGAAGCAACAUUGAGCGUCUAUUAUCGACCUGCCCGAAUUAGCCGGGGCAGAAAAAAUCCAUCAUGGUUGCUAGUGGAUGUCAUUGAUUGUUAAAGACUUUUCUGUGUAUUAUAACCCAUUCUACUUCUACCCCUGAUCCCUGUCAUCCCCUGGCACUUCACGACUACCUUUAGAUCCACUCCUUCUAUGUUUUCUCAUUUUACUUUUGCGUCGCCGACUGGUUCCUUGCUCGCAUCAAAUUCCUGUACACUAUAUCGUUAUACCACCUUGUACUCA